AUGCUCGUAUCGUGCGACACGACGGAUGCUGGCUGCAACGGCGGCUUGAUGGACGACGCCUUCACAUGGAUCAUCCAGGACCACAACGGCACGGUGGACACAGAGGCCAGCUACCCCUACGUCUCGGGCGCGGGCUACUCCCCGAAGUGCAGGACAGCUAGCCACGAGUUCGGCGCAGCCAUCAGCGGCUACAAUGACCUGCCGAAUGAUGAGGACAAGAUGGCCGCGUGGCUGGCUGUCCACGGCCCCAUUGCCAUCGCCGUCGACGCCACCAGCUUCCAGUUCUACAUGGGUGGCGUCCUGACGAACUGCAUCUCUGAGCAGCUCGACCACGGGGUGCUUCUUGUGGGCUACGACGACAGCAACAGCCCGCCGUACUGGAUCAUCAAGAACUCGUGGGGCACAUCCUGGGGCGAGGAGGGCUACAUCCGCAUUGAGAAGGGCAAGAACCAGUGCCUUGUCAACGAGUACCCGACCUCCUCUGUGGUUGGCGGCCCCGCCCCCAGCACGACUACCACCACCACCAGCGCCCCUGGCCCGUCUCCGUCUUACUUUGUGCAGAUGUCUUGCGACGACGGUGCGUGCAGGGUCGCGUGCAAGAACGACACCUUCAGGACAAAUCAGUGCCUCCAAGUGUCUGGCGGCGGUUCGGCCAUCGUCACGUGCGGCUCCACAACACUCACUGAGGAGAUCUUUCUCCUCAGCAGCAGCUGCAGCGGUCCUUCGAUCCAAAGCAAUGUUCCCUUGAACAAGUGCCUGCAGAGCUUCUCCGGGUACGUCGAGUACCGCUGCGUGGACGGCGAGCAUGUCCCUGCGAAACUGGCUCACCUUCGCCGCCGCCGCCGUCACUAG